AUCGGUCGCAAUGGAGAACUUCGUCAACCUCGCUAAGAAAGGCCUGGACGCCUACGAACAGCACCAGAAAAGCAGCAGCAGUAACAGUGAAUCCAACUACGGCAAGACUGGGGGCGCGGAAUACAAUUCUCCCCACCAUUCCGAGCAAGGCAGGCCUAGCUCUGGGAGCCCUCAGUUUGACCACGACGAUGUCGUGAAGACUGCUCAGGAGCAUGGCUCUGGCGACAGCUCCUUGUUCUCGUCUGCGAUGAGCUUCAUCAGCUCCAACAAGGGCGAGCAUCAGAACCCCAUCGAUGAGGACGCAGCUCAGGAGGCUCACAAGAAAGCCUACCAUGAGGAUAGCGCUAGCAACAUGGACGCCUCCUCUAUAGGUAGCGCAGCUGCGCUCCAGAUCUUGAAGAAGUUCACAUCUGGAUCUAGCUCCGGCUCCAGCGGAGGCUCUCAGUCCCAGCUCAUCAGCAUGGCCAUGGCCGAGGCGACCAAGCUGUUCGACAAGUCUGGCGGCGCGAGCAGCGGGAACAAGCAGGAUGCAGUCAACAGCGCUGCCAUGACCGUCGUGAAGCUCAUGGUGCAGAGCAAGUUUAGCGGCGGUGGAACUACCGGCGGCAGCAGCAGUGGUGGUUUGGGUAGCUUGUUGAGCUUAGCGUCUAAGUUCUCUUGAUUACAUGGCGGUCGCAAAGGACAAUGGGAAGUAGGAUAAAUGAUAUGUAUAACGAUAUCACGCUGUUUUGUAUACGCACGAAAGUGCGCAAUUGUUUCAAGUAUCUCGAUUGUUCAUGAGUUUGAUCAGCUCGGCUGCAUC